AUGUGGAAGAACCUUUAUAAGAAAAGGCAUGCCUUUCAAAGCGUAGCAUCCAAGAUCGCAGUGAAGGCCAUCAUUUACCGUUUGGACUUUAAGCUUCACCCCCGCCAGGCCCACCCCGAGGUUCCGGGAUACGCUGUCCCUAGCAUGAGUAUACUGGAGCCUGCUCAACGGGGGUAUCAACAACAUGCACGCCCCAAUUCCUUAGCAACAGCCAGUCUCACCGAGCCACGACCGAAAAGUCACGACCAGGUCUCGACGGCAUACAUCCAAGCCGGAUACAAAAGCGACAACGUUCCUCGAGCCCUAGACCCUGGGACCCGAGCCCUUUCCGAGCAGCCAGCCGUGGAAUGUGGAAUUGGCCGUACAAAAGCCCAAGGCACGAAGGACCUACGGGACCGCCUAACGAGGGACUCGUACCACGCCCUCAGCUUGGAAGAACUAACUCAACAGUUAACCAAAAAAAAAAAGGCCCUAUUUUUUAACGACCAUUCUCAUCAGGCCCUGACUUUCUGA